AUGUUUUACACGGGAUGCAGCUAUCAAGGGGAGAUGACCCCUGACGGGAAACGUUUCCACGGACAAGGUGUCUACACCUUUGCUAAUGGUGACACCUAUGUUGGUGCGUUUAAGGAUGGCCGCAUGCAUGGUCACGGAACAUUGUUUUUUACUGCGGAGAGAGGCGGUGGCCAAUACCGUGGCGUGUGGGAGGAUGGACGCAACUUGUCAGGGGCAUUAGUUUUUUCAGACGGGUUGGUUUACGGCAGCGGAGACAGUACUUCAACUGUUCAUGCUACUGCUGUCAGCAAUUCGAUAUCUUUGAUCGAUACGCCGAAGCCUGAGGUGAAGUGCGGUGUUGAUGGGGGUGCCACUCUUUCCAUGGAUUCCGGCAGGAAAUGUAAUACCAGUGAAAAAAUAGCAGAGGAAUGGUUGUACUGCCGCGAGGGAGACCGGCGGCUUUGGGCUGAGCACCUUCGCGAGGUGAUGCCAGUACUGCCAAUGCAGUCUGUUUUGGGUGGUGUGCGUGUGCCGCAGUCCUCGCGCUGGGCUGUGGAACCGGUCGUGGCGCCAAGUGUAGCGGCGGAGGCAAAGAUACCUGCAACCUUUGUGCUGGGACAGCCUCGCUCCCUGGCAGAGAUUCCGACACGCUUCUGGGAGGAAGCACAGCAGCGAGAGGCCGUCAUUGCGUCAAUGGAGCUUCCGACGCCACCAUUCAAGGGAGCUCAGGCCGGCGCUGGUCGUGAGGAGACGAUGGUGGACAAUGGCGGCAAACCCGCCAUAAAUCUUUCACUUCGUAUCAUCGCUCCGCUGGAGUCAGAGGCCAUGCGACGCGCCAUUGCAGCCGCUGUUUCUGCUUCCGAGUCUGCGACCAAAGCCUUGCAGAAGCGUAACUCAGCGUCGACACAGCCCCUUACAUCCUCAGAUAAUACCGUCCAGAAUGAAGUUGGACAUUUUAUUGCCCCUAGCGAAACGCAUGCACUAGGUAACAAAACUGUGAGCACCGAGAUGACGCUGGGAAGCCGCCCUAUGCACGUACCUGACGAGUUGAAGGGUAGCUUGGCGCUCACCGAUGAGAGCCAACUAGAGAAUGGGUAUCACACACCCCGAAAAUUGUCUUCGCGCAACUCAACUGUAGCACCUUGUCUAUCUAAAUUACCUUCUUCAGUGUUGUUCGCCUCGCACGGACAAUUGGCCGCUGAAUCCAAGGGUAAGGUGUGUAAAGCACUGGUAGAAACAACCCACAAAGUGGCUUCCGAGGCGACCACGGAAGACGAUGUCCCAUCAAUAAAUGUAGAGGCCAUUAUGGCUGCAUCCUUGGUGCAACAAAAAUCUGAAACAGACGUGAAACGCCAGGAUUACCUACAAGAGCAGGAGUGUGAAGACAAGGAGAACGCCCAUGAGGAGGAGCACCAGCAGCUGGAGGAUGCCCAUGAGGAGGAGCACCCGCAGUUUGAGGAUGCCAAUGAGGAGGAGCACCCGCAGCUGGAGGAUGCCAAUGAGGAGGAGCACCCGCAGCUGGAGGAU